AGGAUAUCCAUUCUUUAUCGCACCAUGGCCAUGCUUAGAGCUUUCAGUGUACGGAGAAGCCAGUGGAGGUAUGAACCGUUAGUUGAUGAUGAACCUGAUGUUAGUCUCUUGGGAGGCAAGUUGUCGAGGACCACAAGCUUACCAGCUGGACUUUUCUGUUCAUCAAGAAAAGCAGCGCCGGAUUCAGCCUUGCCAUCCAAUUCCCAGGUGAAGUCCACUAAAAAGAAGAGCAAGAGUCACCCACUUUUCAGCCUCUUCGACGGCCGGCGCAAAAGGAAAACAACAGCUAAACCAGAAUUUGCAAGGUAUUUAGAGUAUGUGAAGGAGGGAGGGGUAUGGGAUAUGAAAUCAAAUAUGCCUGUUAUGUACUACAAAUAUUGAAGUAUCGCUGUAGUCUUCGAAACUGCUAUGGGAAUCAACAAUAUCGUUACUUCUACUGUAUUCUUCUAACAAAUUUCUGAAACUUGUAAAAUAAGUCUAUGUCAAUUCA